UUGCAAAAACACUUUCAAAUGUGGCACCGUGGCGAAUUACCUUCAUAUCCUUGUGAAAUGUGCAGUUUCUCAGCGAAUGACUUACAGGUUUUUAAACAACACAGGCGAACCCAUAGAAGCACUUUAGUAAAAUGUGACAUUUGCAACAGUGAGAGUGUAUAUACUUUAUUGAACUUGACAAAGCAUUUCUCAUCCACACAUUGUGUGAAUGGUCAUUUUCAAUGUGAAAAGUGUCAGUUUUCCACCCGAGAUGUUGGCACAUUUGUUCAGCACAUUCAUAGACAUAAUGAAAUUCAUUAUAAAUGUGGUAAAUGCCACCAUGUGUGUUUCACCAAAGGGGAGCUUCAGAAGCACCUUCAUGUUCACUCUGGGACUUUUCCCUUCACCUGUCAAUAUUGUAGCUAUGGUGCCACCAGGAGAGAACACCUCGUAAGGCAUGUCAUCACUUUGCACAAAGAACAUUUAUAUGCAAAAGAAAAACUGGAAAAAGACAAGUAUGACAAAAGGAUGGCAAAGACUUCAGCAGGACUUAAGCUAAUACUAAAAAGAUACAAAAUGGGAGCAUCAAGGAAGACGUUCUGGAAACGCAAGAAAAUUAACAAUGAAAGUGACAGAAGUAUAGAAAAAAACACUCAAGUCCUUAAAAAUAUGAACAAAACACGGGUGAAAUCUGAAGACCAGAGCCACCUUGUUCAAGAGCAUUUAAAUGAGGAGAAGGACGAAAGACUACACUGUGAGGAUGAUCUGCAACCCACAGAACUGGAGUCAGAGAAGCCAGCCCUUCUGUCCUCUGG